GUGAUGAGAUCGAGGUCUUUUUCUUUUUGGUUUCAGUCAUCAUCAAGAUUAAUGGACGAUCGAAACCAGCCGCAUUGAUUUCCAUCAAUAUUUUUGAAUUUUGAGAGGUUUUGAAAGAGUCAAGGAGUCUAAGUCUUUCUGAUGCGGGUCAAUAGGGAAGAUGGGUAGGAAAAUCCCUCACCUCAGUACUUUCUUCUGCUGUGGUGUUGAGGAAUUUCCCAAAGCACAGACCAAUUAUCACAUGGGAACCCCGGACUUGCUCUAAUCUCACCCCCCCGUUUUACGAGUCUUCCAUAUACAAUUUCCAAGUCAACUACCGUGUUCAACUGAUCAGAAACUCAAUGUUAUAUAGUGAAGAAACAAGGCCAUGAAGUUGUUCAAACACGUUAUUUCAUUUUUGAGCAAGGAUUUCUUAGUGGCCUUCUUUGUUUUUCUCCGGUGAAUUGGGAAUUUUCGGAUGGCUUCUGUCUUUCUCUUCGUUUUCUCUCUUCUCUCACACUUCGUGCUGCUUCUUUCGGCUCAGGAUGAAAUGGGAGACACCCAAAGAUGUGCACCCUUUCGCUGUGGACAUCUGGGGGAGAUUCACUUUCCAUUCACCAAUAACACAAACCCCGAAUGCGGUGUGUUAUUAGAUUGUCGGGAACAGAAUCCGACGAUAGUACUGGAGGGAAGACCAUAUGAAGUUCGAGGCAUCUCACAAAAAUCACCAGAUAACACCAUUAUAAUACAUAUCUCUGACUCACAUCUUUCGAAGUACUUGGAAUCCAAUACAUGCGAAUCCUUAACUAAUUUGACUUUUCGCAGCUCUCCUUCGUUCAUCUCUUUUGAAAUCGCCACACCCAAUCAGACAUUUUUUAAAUGCCAUCGCCCUCCCGAUAUUCCUCCCCCUACAAAUUUUAAAACAAAGAGCUGCAAGGACGACUAUAAUAUCUACUAUAGUAAUUCAAGCGACAGUUUUCCUACUUCUCUUCCUGGAUGUUCAAUUAUUCAGCUCCCAAAGAAUAUGAGUCUAGAUCAUCCUCCGUCGCCAGGUGAUGAUGACCUGUUUAGGCUUUUAACCCCUGAGUUCGACCUUCGGGUGCGUGUCUUUUGGGAAUGUUACAAAUGUCAUGAAAGAGGCGUUCCAUGUAAGCCAGGCCAUGACGGAAAACUUUCUUGUGACGAGGGAGGGAUCAGUAAAAAAAUGAAACUGGCGAUCGCAUUAGGUGUCGGAGGUGCAGUCAUCUUAAUAAUUUGCGCUUUCUUUAUUAUCCGGCAUCAUUACAAGAAAAAAUACGCUUCUUCAAACAUGCUGGCAAAGAAUGCUAAUUCUGAUCCAUCCUCAAGAUCAGACCUGGAAGGGGGGAGUCUCUACUAUGGAGUCCCUGUUUACUCCUACAGCGAACUUGAAGAAGCGACCGAUAAUUUUGAUAUUGAAAAAGAACUUGGAGAUGGAGGAUUUGGAAUUGUCUACUAUGGAAAACUCCGUGAUGGGCGGGAAGUUGCAGUCAAGCGCCUAUACGAGCACAACUACAGACGAGUAGCACAGUUCAUGAAUGAAGUUGAAAUCCUCACCCGCUUGCGCCACAAAAAUCUUGUCUCCCUUUAUGGCUGCACCUCACACCGCAGCCGUGAACUUCUUCUUGUGUAUGAAUAUAUUCCCAAUGGCACUGUUGCUGACCAUAUUCAUGGAGAACGAGCGACACCAGGUUCACCCACAUGGGCUACACGUAUGAGCAUCGCCAUUGAAACUGCUAGUGCAUUGUCUUACCUCCAUGCUUCUGAAAUCAUACAUCGGGAUGUGAAGACUAACAACAUCCUCCUUGACAACAAUUUCUGCGUCAAAGUUGCAGAUUUCGGGCUUUCUCGGCUGUUCCCAACUGAUGUUACCCAUGUCUCAACAGCUCCUCAAGGGACUCCAGGCUAUGUUGAUCCCGAAUAUCACCAAUGUUAUCAGCUUACUACUAAGAGUGAUGUUUACAGCUUUGGCGUGGUCCUUAUUGAGCUCUUAUCAUCUCUGCCGGCUGUUGAUAUGGCUAGGCAUAGGCAUGAGAUUAACUUGGCUAACUUGGCCAUAAACAAGAUUGAAAAAUCCGCAUUCCAUGAGUUGAUCGACCCACAUCUUGGAUUUGAAUCGGAUAAAGAAGUUGAAAGGAUGACCAUUUCGGUGGCACAGUUGGCUUUUCAAUGUAUACAACAGGACAAGGAAACGAGACCUUGCAUGGAUGAGGUCUUGGAGGCUUUGAAGCAGAUUCAAAGUGGUAAUGAUGCAGCGGAGGAUCGAGAGAAGGGAUUUGAUGAUGAUGGGAUCACGAAUGUAAAGCCACAGAUUUCGCCGGAAUCUGAUGAGGUUGGAUUGUUGACGAAUAGACUGCUGCCACCUUCACCAAUUUCUGUGACCGCUGAUUGGACUAGUAGGUCUACUACACCUAAUAUCAGUAGUUAAGUUUGUUCUCCAUGCUGCUAAGUUUUCGAGUAGGGAUAAGAAUAUGUUUUAACACCUAUCAGACGCAAAUGAGUGGGUUGAAAUUUCAUUUUCUUCUCAUCUACUCGUUCUGUUGUUCAUGGAAGGCAUAUUGUUGAUAGGUUAAAGUUUUGGGGGAAUGUACAUAAUAUGAAUGGAGUUAUUAGAAGCAUUCAUAUAUAUAUAUAUAUAGCAGGAAUUUCGGAUUAUUUGUUU